AUAAAGUGAAGACACUUGUUACUAGUUUCGACGACGCGAUGGGAAUUUUCUAUUUAGAAAUCCGGUAAACGGAACGAGUGGUUUCUCUGAUUCGCGAUAAUUCUUAGCUUUCAUAUCGUCCACGGUACUCUGUUAAUCUGUCAAAUAAAAUAAAAAAAAAAAAUGUAAAUGUACUCGGGCUGAACUCUCAGAUUUUCAACAUACGGUGAUGCGAUCGGGAGGAUUAAUCCGAUUAACUCGGGGCACCACGGAAACCCUUUAAACGAUCCUCGAAAUAUAUUUUUUAAAUCCCACCAUGGCUCUGCGUAAAGUAAAAGGAAACUUUGAACGUAUGUUCGACAAGAAUCUGACCGACCUCGUCCGCGGUAUCAGGAACAAUAAAGAGAACGAGGUAACAAACUCCUGCGCAAAGUACAUCGCUCAGUGUAUAGAAGAAAUUAAACAGGAAUUAAGGCAGGACAAUGUAGCAGUCAAGGCGAACGCCGUGGCUAAACUAACAUAUCUCCAAAUGUUGGGAUACGAUAUCAGCUGGGCUGGAUUUAACAUAAUAGAAGUGAUGUCCUCUGCGAAAUUCACGUACAAACGAAUUGGCUACCUAGCAGCGAGUCAGAGUUUCCAUGCAGACACGGAACUUCUGAUGUUAACUACGAACAUGAUUCGCAAGGAUUUAAACAGCCAGAAUCAGUACGACGCUGGAUUGGCUUUGAGUGGUCUUUCCUGUUUUAUCAGUUCGGAUCUGGCAAGGGAUUUGGUGAACGAUAUCAUGACACUGUUAACGUCUACGAAACCGUAUUUACGCAAGAAAGCUGUACUGAUGAUGUACAAAGUUUUCCUACGAUUCCCAGAAGCUCUGAGACCAGCUUUUCCUAGACUGAAAGAGAAACUGGAAGACCCUGACAGUGGAGUCCAAAGUGCUGCUGUUAAUGUAGUCUGCGAAUUAGCAAGAAAGAAUCCGAAGAAUUACUUGAGUCUGGCGCCUGUCUUCUUUAAACUUAUGACUACGUCUACCAAUAAUUGGAUGCUGAUCAAAAUUAUUAAACUGUUCUCCACUAUAACACUGAUCGAACCGAAAAUGGGUCGGCGACUUACGCAACCACUAAUUGACCUGAUUUCAAGUACGUCAGCAAUGUCCCUGUUGUACGAAUGUAUAAACACGGUGAUAGCCGUGUUAAUUUCGAUCUCCUCCGGUAUGCCGAAUCACUCCGAUUCGAUACAGUUAUGUGUUCAGAAGUUGAGGAUACUAAUAGAGGAUUCCGAUCAGAAUCUCAAGUAUCUCGGAUUGUUAGCGAUGUCGAAGAUACUGAAGACUCAUCCGAAGAGCGUGCAGGCUCACAAGGAUCUUAUAAUGCAAUGCUUGGACGACAAAGAUGAAAGUAUAAGAUUGCGUGCCUUGGAUUUACUAUAUGGUAUGGUUUCGAAGAAGAAUCUCAUGGAGAUUGUUAAAAAGCUGAUGGUGCACAUGGACAAAGCCGAGGGCACUGCUUACAGAGAUGAAUUACUGUCCAAGAUAAUUCAAAUCUGUUCGCAAAACAAUUACCAGUUUGUCACUUACUUCGAAUGGUACAUAUCUGUCUUGGUUGAACUGACGCGAAUGGAAGGUACCAAGCACGGACCACUAGUAGCAACUCAAUUACUCGACGUAGCGAUCCGUGUACAAGCCAUACGGAAAUACGCGGUUCAACAAUGUGCCUUACUGUUAGAAAACUCGUACCUCCUAACGGGUCAACCGAGAGCGACGAUGUCGGAGGUUUUAUACGCGGCUGCAUGGAUCUGCGGAGAAUUUUCUAGUGAAUUGGAGGAUCCUAUAGCGACGUUACGGUCGAUGCUGAGGUCGCAAGCUUCCAGUUUACCGGGACACAUCCAAGCUGUCUACGUUCAUAACAUUUUAAAACUCGCCACUACGACGUUGUGCAAAGCUGAGAAAGAGGAAGACACGGAGACUAUGGAACAGAUAUUCGCAUUGAAAGAUAAAAUAGCAGCCUUCGUGUGUAGCGGGGAUCUGGAAGUUCAAGAAAGGUCGAGCUCCGCGUUGGUUCUGUUCGAAUGUCUGAAGGAAAAUCCUGGAUUGGCAGAGGAACUCAUGGAAGCGUUCGAGGGAGAACUGAAUCCCGUCGCUCCGAAAGCGCAGAGGAAGGUACCGAUUCCUGAGGAUCUCGAUUUAGAUUCCUGGAUCAACGACCCGCCGUCCGAAAGCUCAGACUCCGAAGACUUGGAUAUGAACGAUAUUUUCGUGAAGGCAGACAAGAUCAACGAUUCUUAUGCUAAGCAAGAAUUCAAUGAACCCUCGCCGGAGGAACUUGAGAAACGUCGCGAGGCUAGAAAACUGGAACAGCAGAAUAAUCCGCAUUAUUUAAAAGGAACGUUCAGGUAUUCGUCGUCGUAUCACAACUCGUCGAGCAUAUACGAAGACUUCGAGAACAUUCCUGUGGCCAAGUUAGACAUUCCAGUUUCCUUGAAGAUCACCAACAAGCACAAGAGAUACAAAGUGCACGGCAAGAAAAAGAAGUCGAAGAAAAACAAGAAGUCAGCGUCGGAGGAUGAACAGGACGACGUCUAUCCCGUUCAGGUGGUCAAGACUGGGAUCGGUGAACUGCCACCAGGUGCUGAAUUAAGUGAUAGCGAUGACUACGAUCAAGUGGACGUGAACGAUCCACACAGAGCUUUAAAUAUUAAUUUAGAUCUACCGUUGAGGGACGACGAGAGGCUACCUGUUUUAGAGCAUAGAGUCAUCGAGAACAAUUCGAUUCGUGAAACUACUGAAAGUAAAGAAAAGAAAAAGGAGAAGGGGCACAAGAAAUCUAAGAAAAAGGAAAAAGAAAUUAAAGAGAAACGUUACGACAAUCAGUUAGAGUUGGCCGACAUGUGGCUGGAGAACAACGUUUCUUCUGAAAAGAUCCACGAAUACACGGAGGUUUUCAGUGAGAAGGAAAGAAAGGACGUGAAACGUAAGAAAAAGAGCCAAGAGAAGCACAAGAAGGCUGACGAGGAUAAGCAUCGAAAGAAGAAGUGCAAGACUAAAAAGGAAUCUAAGAAGUCUUCGGAUUACGAGGAAACCGCUGGGAUAUCGACACCUUCGAAAGAGAUAUUGCCAGAGUUAAGAUACGAUUUCUCGUACUCCGAAGACGGUGACAAGACCACUUCGGUACAGCAGAGUACUUCGUACGAGGAGCUAGCGAAGAACAAAGACUUAAUCGUAACGUACGAAUUAAAACAAAUUCCUGACGACUCGAAACUAGUCGCGUCCAUACUCAUUACGAAUCAUUGUCAGAAAUUAGCCAAGGAACUCGUGUUCGACGUGCCGGACACGUCUUCUCUGAGAUUAAUCAGAAACAUCGGAGAUGAAUUUGGUAUAAAAUUGCCGUUUCAACUGCCUCCGGAAACCAGUAAAGAGACCGAGUUCACUAUUUCGGUCUCGGACGUGACGUUCGCUCAGAGGCUGCGAGGCACGCUGACGUAUAUGUUAGAGAGCAAAGAAAGUACCUUGCAGGAGAAGCUCGACUUUACUAUGCACUUACCGUGCAGUAAAUUCAUGGUCGGCGACCUCUCGCACAAGGACAUCCUGACGGAGUUGCUGAAGAGCGGGCAGCUCGUGUACAAAGUGAAAAAGGAAGCCACCCUCCCGCAAAAGUUUGAUAUCACGUUGAACUCGAUUUGUAGCAAAUGUAAUCUGACUCUCGUGGAACAAAUUAACGAUACUGCAUCCUUGUACGGACACUCCCUGAAAGGACAUCACGUGUGCCUUUUAUUAAAAUACAACAAAUCGUCGGGUAAUUUGCUGAUCGAAGGCAAGGGUGACAAUAAUUCAUUAUUGUCGGGAAUCGGUGAAGAGAUUUCCAGGAUUCUCACAUAAUGUUCCCUGAAUCCAGAGAAGCGUGACGGCAUUCGUUAUAAACUGGCUCUAUAAAAAAUGUAUCCGCAGACUAACGAAAUAUUUUGAACCGACAGAAUGUUAUCUAAACCUCACAGCUAAUUUAGAUAAACAAAUUUACGAUGAUACGCGUGUAUAAGAUGUACACGUGUGUGUACAGAUACAACGUUUUAAACAAGAGAGAGAGAUUUAUUAUCGAGAAUUGAAGACGUCAGAACGGAAGUAGUUUAUUUUAUUUCGUUUCAAGUGCAAUAAUAAAAUAGGAAUGUAAUUUAAUUUGAAUAUCAGAGUCGCUUAAGCGUAAGGAGUACUCAGCCUGAUUUUGCUACGUGUAAAUAUCGCUUAUGAAUCCUAAACGAUGUCCAUCGAUCAUGUUUCAUGGAUCUAUCAAAUGUUCUGCCGCAGAAGGUGAAGUAUCGUUUUUAAGAGCAUUGUUCAUCUGUAUUAUAAUUUCAAUUGCCCUCGAUACUACUUCUCUUCAUCCUGAUAUCUUCAAUUCGAUGUUAUCGGAAGAUUACUAUCGUACAUUGUUGAAUUCACUAAAAUUGUAAAAUACAUUACGGAUACUCGAGACUCGUAUGGGUGUACAUCGAUGUUUCUCAGUGUAUGUAAUGAUGACUUUGUAAUAUCGAUAAUUUAAUACACGUAAGGAUUCACGAUAAGCCGUAUAAAUAAUAUGCAAUACAAUAAUUCGUGAAACACCAAAUGUACAUAGCUAAUUCUUGUAUGCUGAUAAACUAUAUAUCUUUAUUUUGAAUAUCUUCCAAACAGCAACUCUUCAUUUGAGGAGUGUUAUCAACACACCGGGUUACUUAUUUAUCAUUCACGAAGAACAAAUGCAGUGGGAAAAUCGAUUGGAAUGUAUUUAAAAACUGAAUAACUUUAUUUUAUUAAAGUUAUUCUGUUUGAAUAAGCGUUCGGUCGGUUUCGAGCCACUGUAAGUAUUGAUAACAUUAAACGCCAGUAAUUUACGUAUAAAAAUUGAGAUUAAUACCACAUAGACAGAGUUAAGAAAGUAUUAUACGUAUACUAAUAAUAUAAAUAUUGCAAUUUUAA